AAGAGUGACGUAUUUGCUAAUGUCUUCCCACUUCGUCUAAACGCAAACGUUAAUUACACCCAGGCAUGAACGGCGACGGCGUUGUAAGAGAUGAAAGAAAGGUCGCCGGAAAUCCUGAGGAGAAUGAGUACGAGUAUGAAGAGGAACAGAGGAUGCUAGAAGAACUAGGAAUGUACAGAGGGAAAGUGAGAUUGGUGAAUAGUGAAGAACCAACAGAGGAGACAAUGUUGCUAUGGGGAAUUCAACAGCCUACGUUUUCAAAACCUAAUGCCUUCGCACGCCAUAAUUCUCUCCAGCUCUGUAUUGAUGCAUGUGGGCGAACUCUAUCCAUUCUACAGUCUCCUUCUUCACUGGGCACUCCUGGAGUAACUGGUUCUGUAAUGUGGGAUAGUGGAGUGGUCCUUGGGAAAUUCUUGGAGCACGCUGUAGAAUCAGGAAGAAUUCAUCUUCAAGGCAAGAAGGUUGUUGAAUUGGGCUCUGGCUGUGGAUUAGUUGGCUGCGUUGCAGCUCUUUUGGGUGCUCAAGUUAUUCUCACUGACCUCCCAGAUAGACUGAGGCUACUCAAGAAAAAUGUAGAAGCUAAUUUGUAUGGAGAUGUAAGAGGCUCUGCAACAGUAAAUGAGCUCACAUGGGGAGAUGAGUUGGAUAAUGAUAUGAGGAAUCCUUUGCCAGAUUAUGUUCUUGGUUCAGAUGUGAUAUAUAGUGAGGGAGCUGUCAUGGAUUUAUUAGCAACACUUCUGGACCUCUCUGGUACUCAGACAACAGUUAUUUUAGCUGGAGAACUUCGGAAUGAUGCUAUCCUCGAGUACUUCUUACAAGCUGCUGCAGAGGAUUUCACUAUUGGCCGUGUAGAUCAAAAACAGUGGCAUCCAGAUUGUUGCAGUCCUCGAGUGGUAAUAUAUGUUUUGGUGAAGAAUCAAAGAAAAUUGUAAGGCCCGCGCUCAAAACAUUGUAUACUCAUUCUCAAAAUGAUACCAACAAUAAUGCCUUUGCUUCACAUAUAAUUUGCUAAGUGUUCUACUGGCUUUCUUUCUGGUUAAUCCAGUGUACCAUUGGGUGGAUAAACCAAUGUCCUAAAUGUUUUUCUUCAUCGAGUAUUUAGUGAUUUUCAGUCGUAUAAAUGUGAUUUCCAUCUUGUGGCUAGCGAGACCAGAUCUGCAGGUCUAUGCAUUUGGCUUGGGUCCAUUACGCUUACUCUUGUUUAAUGGUUGAACCAUUUGAAAUUUAUGAUUGGAAUUUAUUAUUA